UGGAGUGGAGGUGACGGAGAGGAGAGAGUAGGGGGACAUAAAUCUUCCACAGCCUGCCUGGCAGACUUCAUAUUUAUUCCUUUCUUAUGUUUAACCCAUACCAUGUAUCUCCGAGCAGUGCACGCCGAGCCCUCCAUUAAAGCCCUAUUCGAAUUUAUCAAGGAGAAUCCUCUGGGUAUCCUGACAACCUCCAUAGCCUCUCCUCACUAUCCUUUCCUACAAUCAAGCCAUAUCCCAUGGGUGCUAGAUACCAUUAGCGAGGACCCUGAUGUACCGGUGAAAGGUCGCCUUCGGGGGCAUUUGGCGAGACAAAAUCCCCAGUCGAAAGCAUUGAUUGAAGCCGUCUCCAACUCCUCAACAGGGACACUUCAACAUGAUGUUAUGGUUCUAUUCACGAGUCCUUAUCAUCAUUAUGUGACUCCGAAAUUCUACACUGAGACCAAACCAUCUACUGCCAAGGUCGUGCCGACAUGGAACUAUGCAGCUGUCCAGGUUUACGGCAAGGCCACCAUCUACCAUGACUCUUCUUCGGUGGAGACUUCCUUGUACCUCUCACAACAGAUUGGUGACCUGUCUAAACAAUGUGAAACCUCUAUUAUGGGAUAUUCUGGCCACGAAGGGAAGCCGGAGCCGUGGAGUGUCUCUGAUGCCCCGGAUCGGUAUAUUGAUAUAAUGAAAAAAAACAUUAUUGGCAUCGAGGUGUCAAUUGAAAGCAUUGGAGGCAAAUUCAAGAUGAGUCAAGAGAUGGGACAUGGUGAUCGCAAGGGCAUAAUUGAAGGGUUUCAAGAUCUCGCGUCGGACACUGGAACGCACAUGGCUGAUAUGGUGAGGAGGCGUGGGAAUAUGAAGGAUGCAGAGAGGAAGAUUUGAUGAUCUUUACAUGCAGGCGUAUUUCUGUAGACAAGAAAAAAUGAAGACUAUUUUAUCCACAUUUCAAGGACUUUUUAACAUCCUAUUGUAAAUAGAAGAUUUGCAAACCAAGCGACAUUGUUGCACGAUGGCCGAAUUUCGGAGUCGCC